AUGAGGCUAUAUAUUAUACUAAGUCUUUACUUACUAUUAACAAAGGAGUAAAUGACAUAUGAAGAAUGCAAGAGAGAUUGUACUAUGGAUUGGUUAGAUUGUGUAAGUGGUUGUGAUAGUAUAGGAAAUCCAUCCUUUUGUCAUAAAAAUUGCCAAAAGUAUAAAAUCAUUAAUUUAUUCAGUGUGGUCCAUACUUGUUUAGAUGAAUGCCCAAAAAUAAUUUGUAUUGAUGAAUGCAGAAUAGAUUUAGAGCAAUGUAGAAAAAAUGGUAAAGGAGUUUGCGAAAUUUUAUUCAAUCAAUGCGAACUAAAUUGUCAAGACACAUAUAAUUUAAAGGAAGACAUAUGA